AUGGCACAAUCUCGUCCAAACAUUCUCGUCAUCCUGGCAGAUGGGUAUAGCGAUAUAGGAUGCUUUGGUAGUGAGAUUCGAACUCCCAACUUGGACGAACUGGCUCGCAAUGGUGCGCGGUUCACUGAUUACCACACUGCCAGCGCCUGCAGUCCGACCAGAGCAAUGCUUCUCAGUGGAACAGACAAUCACAUCGCCGGCGUCGGCAUCAUGAGUGAACAAAAAGGCCGAGACCCAGAACGCUGGAAUGUCCCUGGCCAUGAGGGGUUUCUCAAUCACGACGUUGCCGCCCUCCCCGAAAUACUUCAAGACAACGGUUACCACACCCUGAUCAGCGGUAAAUGGCAUCUCGGCCUAAGACCCGAGAACAACCCUGCUGCUCGCGGAUUUGAUAGAUCGUUUGCCCUGCUUCCAGGCACGUCGAAUCAUUACGGAUAUGAGCCGCAGUUUGGGAAGGAUUAUCUCAAAUUUUUUGUUCGGAUUCCGCCAUUGUAUACCGAGGAUGGAAAACGAUAUGAGAUCGAACCAAACACCACCCACGACAAACGAGGCUUCUUUAGCUCCGACUUCUACACAGACAACCUCAUCCAAUACCUCAAGGAUCGAGAUCCCGAAACCCGCCAGAAGCCCUUCUUCGCUUACCUUCCCUUUUCAGCCCCCCACUGGCCACUUCAAUGCUCAAAGGAAGAUCGUGAUCGAUACAAGGGAAUAUACGAUGAUGGGCCAGAUGCGCUUCGUCUCAAGCGAUUGGCACGCUUACAAGAUCUGGGUCUCGUGCCAAAGAAUAUUAGACCGCAUGAUGUCAUUGUUGGACCGAUGAAUACUGAGUGGGAUAUGAUGACUGAUUAUGAGAGAAAGUGUUCAGCCCGUUCCAUGGAGUGUUUUGCGGGAAUGGUUGAUAAUAUUGACCAGAAUGUGGGCAAGAUGGUGCAGUAUCUCAAAGAAACUGGGGAGUUUCAGAAUACAUUGAUCGUCUUCCAAAGUGAUAAUGGUGCUGAAGGAGCUACCUACGAAGCCAUUCCAACCAUGGGUGCCGAUCUAAUGAGAGUCAUCAACGAAUACUACGACAACUCGUUGGAUAAUAUCGGAAAUGCGAAUUCUUUCGCCUGGUAUGGAACUAGGUGGGCGCAAGCCUCGACAGCUCCGUCGCGUUUGUACAAGAUGUAUACCACCGAAGGUGGAAUCAAGGUACCACUCAUUGUUCACUACCCCGGCUUUGCCAAAGAGAAACAGAAUGGAAGCAUUCUACAGCCCUUUAGUACAGUCAUGGAUCUGUGUCCUACAAUUCUUGACUUGGCGGGAAUCAAACAUCCAGCUUCUGAUGGAAAGCCGGGCACAUUCCGUGAUCGCUCUGUAGCGCCUAUGAGAGGAAGGUCUUGGGUUCCGUAUCUGUCAAGCGCAUCCACUCAUGACAAUGACUCAAUGGACAGCAUCCAUGGCAAUGAUGGCAUGGGAUGGGAGCUCUUUGGCCGCGGUGCUGUACGUAAAGGCAAGUAUAAAUUAGUCUACAUUGAAAAUUCAGUCGGCGGCCGAGGAAGCAAUGAUCGCGACGGUAGUCAGGAUGGUUGGCAAUUGUACGAUCUAUCGCAGGACCCCGGUGAAAUAGACGAUAUAGCCGAGAACUAUCCGCAUGUCGUCAAGGAGCUACUCCAGGUUUGGGAUCAAUACCGUACAGAGACUGGAGUUGUAUGGGGCACACCAAUCCGUUUUGUAGGAGAAGAGUGGGAUGGUUAUAGUGAAGAAAACAUUAUUGGUGGAGACGCCAUUUCACAGACGACGGCGUGGAUGAGAGUGAGAAAGAACGAAGCACCGCCUAGUAGGGCUUUAUAG